AAAAAAAAAAAAUAUAUAUAUAUAAUCAAAAUUAAUAUUUAUUAUAAGUAAAGAAAAUCCAUUCUAACGAUAAUAACGAUAAAUGCACCUAAUUUUUGCACCACACCACAUUGAAAAUAAUAUUGGCAUUCUUGUUGGACUUUCUGCAGUUUCUAGUGCUCUUUGUACGAAUGGUAUGGAAAUAAUACGUACAAUGCUACGAUCGUUAGUGCCUAAAAAACUGAAGGAUAUAAGCAAAGAUACUGUGUUGGUAACUAAGCUAUCCUCUAAAGCAUAUAUAAAAAUAUAUGAACUUGUACAUGACCAGAUAACUGGCACAGGGCACGGCAUUGGCAAAGAGCUAGCCUUACUCUAUGCCGGUUAUGGCAGCACAGUGAUCUGUGUAGAUAUCAACGAGAAGAACAACGUAAAAACUGUACAGGAAGUGAAGCACUUAAAUCGUGGCGUAGUCUACAGCUUUGGCUGUGAUGUAUCGAAACGUGAUCAGGUAGUGGAGCUGGCCACGCGUGUUCACAAGAAUGUGGGGCCUGUCUCUGUCUUGAUCAAUAAUGCGGGCAUCAUGCCGACGCAUCCUUUGACCCAGCAAACGCCUGAAGAGAUACUUCGCGUCUUCGAUAUUAAUGUUUUUUCCCAAUUCUGGACCAUACAAGCAUUCCUCGAUCAAAUGAAGAAACAGCGCAAAGGUCACAUAAUCGCAAUGUCGUCCGUUGCCGGGCUGUCUGGUCUGCCCAACCUAGUUCCCUAUUGUGCAACGAAGUUCGCUGUGCGCGGCUUGAUGGAAGCACUGUACGAAGAGAUACGCAAGGGACCCUAUAAAAAUCAAAUAAAUCUUACCACUAUUUAUCCAUACAUGACCAAUACGGGCCUUUGCAAAAAUCCGAAAAUUCGGUUUCCCAGUAUUUUGGGUUUGUUGGAUCCCAAACAAGUGGCUAUGCGCAUUGUGGAGGCGCAUCGUUCCAAUCGCCUCGAAUUAGCUAUACCUAGCUUCUUCCUGCAUUUUCACAAUUGGACUCGACUGUUGCCCAACAGUUGGCGCUUUGCUAUAAACGACAGUAUUGGCAGUGGUGUGGAGUCGGAUUUGAAGUAAUAUUAUAUCAUUGUCAUUGAAUAUGCGUGGAGUAUUAAAGGUUUUAUGGGCCAUCUA